CUUAAACCGUGAAGACAAAACGGGAAAAAAUAAAUUCAAAAUAAAAUAAUAUUUAAAUUAUAAAAAAGAAAUAAAACUAAGAAAUCCCAACACAGGAAAAAGCCUAAAAAGAAUAAGAAAAUUUAUAAAGAAAAUUAUUAUCAUAAUAGUGAAAGGCAAAACUGUCUAUAGAAAAGGAAAGAAAACAAACAAAACAAAGCGGAAACGGAAGUAAGCGGAUUUCCUGAUUUAGAUAUUGGCGGUGUGAAAAAAAACCAAAGUGAAAAGAAAAUACAAAUAUUACAAGAAUUCCUGUUAGAAAAAAGGAAAGAAGAGAAAAAAAUAAUAAAAUUAAAGAUAAAAAUUAAAAAUAGAAAAAUAAAUAUUUUGCAAACAAAUAAUGUAAAAAAUAGAAGAAAAAGUUGUGUAAGAGUGUAUAAGUUUUUAAGUGUAGGCAGUGCUGCUUAAAAUUGAUAACGUACUAAAUUAAAUUACAACACAAAAUAAAUAAGAAAAAAAUAAAGAUAAAAUAUUUUACACAAAAAAUAAAUUAUUUAAUUAGUUAAAGGCGGUGUUGGUAUAAUUAAAAAAUAAUUUAAAGUGAAUGAAGCUUUCGAAGUUAAAUUAGACACGACAGCAGGCAGUGUCCUAGCAACAACAACAUCUAUAAUAAUAAUGUAAUAAAGCCCUCUAUUUAAUAACAAAUUUAAAAAAACAUCAGUUUAGAUAACGACAGCAGCAGCAGCAACAGAAAUAACAACAAAAACAACAAGAAAAAUUUAAAUAAAAAAAUUGUUUUUGAAAUAAAGACAAGACUUUUAAAUUAAACCAAACAAGACAUAAAUUUAUCCUUGUUUUGGUAACUGUAUCCUCUUCACUGAGUUUGACACAAAAGGAAAAGAGGAAUAGAGAGGAGAGAGUGAGUGAGUAAGAAUACUGCUGGUACUUGUAUUAUAUAUUUAUAACAAGCAAAUGUUGUUGAUGUUGUAAUUGUCCUCUAACAACGUUAGUCUUCAGCUUCCGUGUAUCUCUGAGUGUGUGUGUGUGUGUUAGUUUUAUAAUGGCAUUGUUAGCGGAAAAAUUAAUCACAUCCAGCGGAAACACAACACAAUCAACAUGGCCACAUCCUUGCCAACAACAACGCCUACGACGACAUCAACUUCUUCCACUUUCUUCAAAACAAAGCAACAUCAGCAGCAACAACGACAAACUUCAAAUAUCUAAGAGUUUUCUUAUCACUAGCAAUAAGAAAAAAUCCUGUUUUUACUCCAGACCCAUCAUGAAUUCUUCCUGGUUUUUUGUAGUCUAUUUAGUGGCAGCGGUCACCUUAUUGCCACUUACCGUAAUGGCCAAUCGACUCUCCGACACCAAACUCCAUGAAAUCUAUUUGGACAACAAAGAAAUAAAACUCAGCUGGAUGGUGGACUGGUAUAAACAAGAAGUACUUUUUCACCUGCAAAACGCCUUUAACGAACAGCAUCGUUGGUUCUAUUUGGGCUUCUCGAAACGUGGUGGCAUAGGAGAUGCUGAUAUUUGUUUUUUUGAAAAUCAAAAUGGUUUUUUCAAUGUGGUUACGGACACCUACACCAGUCCGGAUGGUAAAUUUGUACACAAGGAUUAUCAGCAGGAUUGUGUACUCUUUAAAAUGGAUGAAUAUACUUUGGCGUUUAAAAGGAAAUUUGAUACCUGUGAUCCAUCAGAUUUUCGUAUGCAUGAAGGUACCAUGUAUGUUAUGUGGGCCAGAGGUGAAGUUGAAUUGGAACUUACAGAUUAUCAGUUUCCCUUUCCAAAUGUUUCCUCCCAAGAGUCGGGCAUUAAAAUGAUGCAACUAUUGAGAGCUGAUAAAAUUCUUAUACCAGAAACUGACCUUAAGCACAUAGAAAUAACCCUCGAUGAAGUACCGGUGCCAGUGAAAGAAACCACUUAUUGGUGUCAUAUACAAAAACUUGAUGAUUUUCUACAGCAAAAACAUCAUAUUGUACAAUUUGAGCCACUGAUUACAACACCCGGUGUCGUACAUCACAUGGAGGUAUUUCACUGUGAAACCGAUUGGAAUGUCGAAAUACCACUGUACAACGGUGACUGUGAACAAUUGCCGGCCGAAGCAAAAGUCUGUUCAAAAGUCAUUGCCUUGUGGGCAAUGGGUGCCAGUACGUUCACAUAUCCACCUGAGACUGGUUUGCCAAUUGGUGGUAAAGCAUACAAUCCCUAUAUACGUUUAGAGGUGCAUUUUAAUAAUCCUGAACUAGAGAAAGGUCAUGUCGAUAGUUCAGGAUUGCGCAUUAAAAUGGUCUCACAGCUGAGGCAAUUUGAUGCUGGUGUCAUGGAAUUGGGACUUGAGUACACAGAUAAAAUGGCCAUACCCCCUGGACAGGUGGCAUUUCCAUUAAGUGGUUAUUGUAUUGCAGAGUGUACGGAAUUGGCAUUUCCUCCCUCUGGCAUUGUAGUUUUUGGCUCACAAUUACACACCCAUUUACGUGGUGUACGGGUAUUGACGCGACAUUUUCGUGGCUCAGAAGAAUUACGUGAAUUGAACCGUGAUGAUUAUUAUUCGCAUCAUUUUCAGGAGAUGAGAAAUUUACAUUAUAAACCACGUGUUUUGCCGGGAGAUGCUUUGGUAACAACAUGCUACUAUAAUACCCUGGGUUACGAUAAUGCAACACUUGGUGGUUUUUCCAUUAGUGAUGAGAUGUGUGUUAAUUAUAUGCACUAUUAUCCAGCAACAAAAUUGGAAGUUUGCAAGAGUUCUGUUUCAGAAGAUACUUUGGAAAAUUACUUCAUUUACAUGAAAAAGAAGGAGCAUCAACGUGGCAUACGCUUAAAUGGUGCACGUUCGAAAAAUUAUCGCAGCAUCAAGUGGACACAACCACGAGUCGACCAAUUGUAUACAAUGUAUAUACAGGAACCACUUAGUAUGCAAUGUAACAAAUCGGAUGGUUUUCGCUUUGAGGGUUACCAAUGGGAGGGUGCACCCAUUACACCCGUACAAAUCAAAAUACCCAUACAUCGUAAAUUGUGCCCCAACUACAAUCCAUUGUGGCUAAAACCACUGGAAAGAGGUGAAUGCGAUUUAUUGGGUGAAUGCAUUUACUAA